AUGAAAUUUAUAUUAUUAAUAAUUUUACUUUUAUUUAUAAAUAUAAACAAUGCUUAUAAACCUAGAGAAAUAGUUAGAGUUAAUUUGCAAACUAAAACUGGUGCCAAUAUAGAACAUCAUGAUUUAUCACCAAGAAUAGCACCAAAGUUUAAAGUUGACCUUUCAAAGAGUUUAUUAAAUUUAGAUUCAUCAAAUAAUAAAAAAGCAGAACUUUUACCAAAUAUUUUAUAUAAAAUAUUAUUUUCAUUUGAUAAUGAUAGAUUCAAAACUACAUGGAUUACAGUAUCAGAUGGUAAUGGUAAAUUUUUAAAUCAUAUCGAUUUUACUUUUAUUUAUUCAAACGAUAAAAUUAUUGAUUUAAAAUAUAAUUUAGAUUAUAACGACGAAGCGGUUCAUCAUGGAAAAAAGCAAUCGGAUUUUUAUAUUAACUAUAGAUGGGAAGAAAUUAGGGAUAAAGAUUUAUCAAGUGGUUUAUUUGUUUUAUUUACAGUUGGAUUAAUCGUUAGCGGAAUUUCAUUUACACAUAUAACAAUUAGUUUUGCAAGCAAACCCUCAAAAAUAAAGAAUUUACCAUCAUACUAUCAAAAAGCUAAAACUGAAUCAGAAAAUAUAAACAAUUAUAACAAUAGCAGUAACUAUAGACAACAACACCAACAUCACCAACAUCAACACCAACAAAACUAUAACAACCAAAGUAAUUAUGAACAAAACCAACAAAAAUUUAAUCAAGAAGAACAACAACAUAAUAAUGAAAAUAUCCAACCAUUAUCAUCAUAUGACACAUCACCAAGCUAUCAUUUAUCUCCACCCCCAAUCGCAAAUAAUGACGAUACUAAUAAUAAUAUUGAUAAUAAUAAUAAUGAAGAAAACACGAAAAACGAUUUUGAUGUUUCAGAUUCAGAAAUUGAAUCUUUUGUAGAAUUAAAUCGAAAUAAAUAA